AAUACACAGAUGAUAAUGCCCUGAUUCCCAAGAACUCGUCUGUGAUCGUUAGAAGAAUCCCUAUUGGAGGAGUUAAAGCUACCAGCAAAACAUAUGUUAUAAGUCGAACUGAGCCAGUGAGUGGAACAUCAAAAGCAGUAUGUAAAAACACAAUCUCACACUUUUUUCUACACACUGCACUUAAUUCUAAACAAUGUAGCCUUUUAUUAACUUUCUAA